GAGGCCCUAUCCAAGAACGCGACUUGGUAUUGCAAGCGGAUUCUGCCCAUUGCGGUCCUCCAAACUGCCAAUGUCAUCAUGAAUACGACUUCGUUGAAGUACAUUGGUGCUGGCUUCAAUUCCAUCAUUGGCAUCCUUUGUCCAGUCUUAACUGCCCUGAUCAGUGCCCUCCUGGGUCGCCGCUUUGCAGUACUGGCCUGGCUGGGCAUCGCUAUUGCAAUUGCUGGGGAUGCCGUGAUCAGCCGCGAAGGGCUGCGAAAUCUGACCGUGGAGGGCCAGAGCGCCUCCCUGGCCCUGCUGGGGAUGAUGCUGGGCAUCGGUGCCCUCUUUGCGCGAUCCAUUCGUUCGGUGCUGAUGGAUUGCCAGAUGAACAAGUACGAGUCUGACCAGGACUGUCCAAAACUGUCGCCCUUGAACUUGGUGGCACUGACUUCCCCUGCAGUCUUCUGCUUUGGCUUGGUUGUAACUUUGGUCGUCGAGGGCCUUGAGCCCUUCUUCGCCAUGCCUUACAUGGGCUCACAAGCGGCAGCCCUGCUUGCAGUCAGCGCCUUUUGUGCCGUCUUCUUGAGCAUCAUGGGCAUGUUCCUGAUCAAGAUGUUGGGUGCUCCAGCUGCACAGAUCGCUGGGAAGAUGAACAUCCUGAUGACCGUGGCGGUGUCGAGCUCCUUCAUGGGUGAAAGACUCACGUUGCCCUUUGUGGCGGGUUCUGCGAUGGUUUUGUUGGGUGCCUCCAUCUUUGAACAGAUGAAGGAGUUGGCUCCGGAGCUGCUUAGUCUUGGUCGUCUUGGUCUUGUCCCAGAUGCACUGGUGCUGCCGCACUGGUUGGCCUUGACCUUUAGUCUUCUGAUCUUCGUAGGCCUGGGCUAUGCCUACCGCAGUCACGGCAUCAAAGGCGUGGGGGCCAUUUCCACGCAGGUCCUGGCCAUUGUCUUCGUCCAGCUGUCCACCAAACUUGGGCUCUGCAACCUGCCCGGCGCGCGCCGCGAUGCUCAACACUUCGCGGAGUUCUUGCGUGGCAGGAAGCUACCUGAGGAGAGUGUUUCUUUUUGCCGCGAGCUGACCCAAUGGGCCUCCAAGGUGACGAAGGGCGAGCUUGAAACCGCCAUUGGCCAGUUCAUGCACCUGAUCAAAUCAGAUCGCCCGAAGCCUUCCACGUGUCAUGUCGUUGUGGUUUUCAUGGCAGCUCACGGACGGCAACCUCACACCAGUGAAGUUCCUGCCAUUUUGCCGUCAGAUGUGAGAUUUCCGGAGCGUGAGGAGGAGUUGGUGAACUUGGACCCCUUACUUCUAGUUCCCCUUGACUCCAUCAAAUCUGAAAAGCUGAAAGUUUGGCUGACGAUCGAUGCAUGUCGCGAGAACCAAGAGAUCGUCACCUGGACUGGGAACCAGCAGUCACAGCUGCAACGAGUGCAUCGCCGGUCUGAAACAGACUUUCACAUCCUGCUCGCAUGUGACCGUGGCCGAUUUGCCAACGAUGCAUAUUCUUUGGCAGAUGUCUUGAUCGAAGCCCUUGACGAUCCUUGGAAGGACGUGGAAACGGCUUCCAAAGAGGCGCAGAACCGAAUUGAACAGUUGAGCUAUGGCAAGCAGCGACCUUGGAGAAACUCCCGUGGCGACUUCUCAGGGAUUCUGUUACCGGAGCCUAAUAUAGAAGCACUAUGUAUGCCUCUGAUGUUGGUGAAGUGGUUGAUGUUAGCCGCCGGAGUGUUGGCUGCAAUUCUGGUGAUCUUCAUUUUCUGGCUUCUCUUGCAAAGCAUUGACAUGGGAUGCACCGUGCAAUCCAGCCGACAUGGCGUAGGAUGCCCUGAGGAUUCGUGCUUUUGCACUGACUGCGACCUUUGCAAAAUCUAUUUGGAUGAACGGCAUUGGCAGGAGUUUAGCUGCCAGAUGUUGGGGUUGCCGUUGAACCGGUGCCGGCUCACCUUGCUUGCAAACGCUGGCUGGCUGGUUGCAACAUCCAAAUUGGGCUGGCAGACCUUUCGAAAAUGUGGGAGGGAUCCCGGGCAGCUGUUGCUGGUGGUCGUCCCAUGUGUUCUUAGUGCAACCUCCGCCGUUCCGCUGUGGCAAAUUUAUGUGUCACUGAGCUGGAAGGUCUUCACAGUUGCCGUGAUGUACAAUGUCAUCAAUACCUGCUUACUGGCUUCCUCCAUGUCCAUUGUACUGCGAUUGGCUUCACUUCAGCAAAAGCAAAGAUGUUGUGGGCGAGCCUUCGACAUGUUGUCCAGGCAGUUUUUGCGAAGCUUCCUGCCAGCUGCAAUGCUUGGCGAAUUCUGCGUCAUGCUUCUGACAAAGUCGACUAAAUCAUUUGAGGAGUUCUUCGAACAGGAAAACAAGUUUUAUUUGUUGUAUUUGAUGCUUGGUUUGCUCUUGUCGUGGAUUGCCUGGAGACUGGUCUGUGGAAUUUCUGCGAAAUACAACCGUGAUCUUCGCUUGAAGAUGAAACGAGUUGUUUGGUACCUUCUAAUAGGGAAGAUAGUUUGGUCAGUAUUUCGCUGCCUGCAUUGGCUAGGAAUCUGCCACCAUUUUACUACACUGACUAGCAAGUACAACCUGGUGAUUGUCCAGAUGUAA